UUGAACCAUCUAAUUUCUGCCACCAUGAGUAGUGUCACACGUUAUCUACGGUUCCUUGGUCAACUGAAUUUAGAUGUCUGCAAACUUGCCGUCAAUCGCAUCCCUUUCCCUCGACUGCUUCAUUGUUGGCUUUGCUUUGCUCAUAUCUUGUGGGUCAUAGCAGUAUAAGGCUCUCACUAUGCCUGAGUUGAAUCAACAAAUGUGGGAAAGCCUCCUCCAGAAACUUGCUUUGUUUCUGAAGAAAGAAACAGAGCAAGGCUUUGCUUGCAAAAAUCAUGCAGAAAAUGCAAGAAGGAGAAGACUGAAGCAGUGUGUAGCAAAAAAUGCAAGAUCCCUGGAGAGAGCUCUGAUAACAAUGAAGUCAAGGAGUGUGGAGGGAGAUCAAGAGGAAGAAAAAGACUGAAGAAGUGAAGGAUCUCUCCACUCUCAGAGGAUUUUAAGUGGGAGACAAAGGAGGAGUCUUCUUUGAAGGAAGCCAUGUGAAGAGUUGCUUCUUCCAUUAGAGAAGCCACGAAGCUUUUCUUGUCUGGUUUUGGGGAUGCGCCUGGGAGGUUUUGAACGGUGGUUUUUGGAGAGACAUGAUGAGGUGACAUGAGAAGAUUAAUGGGAGAAAUGCAGAACAAUGAAGGAUUAGAAGCCAUGUUUUUUGAUUCUUUUGAUGAUGAUGUAGAUGGAAUUAAUGGAAGAGGAGGGAGAGGAAAGGUUUGGUUUUUAGAGAGAGAAUGGUCGGUUUGUCUGUUUCUUUUGCCGGAGAUCUUCCUUCAUGGCGUCACUCAUAGAUUGUUCAGUAUGGUGAGAUUGAGGAAUGCAAGGCUGUCAUCUUAGCGUGGAGAAGUGGCACUUGAAAGGCGUUGAAUCAACGUGCCGUUGUCUGGAUUGGUGCGGUGAGCUUGGAGAAGUCGCCGGGGAUGGGGAUGACGCCGUCGUCUUCGCGUCUGGGCUCGGUCGUGGGCGUCGUCUCCCUUCUUGCUCACAGCGCCGUAUCUUCUGGCUCACGUGCACGACGUUCCUCUGGUUCUCUUAGUUCGCGGCGUGGUGGCUUUUCUGCUUUUAUGCAACUAUCCUUUGUGAAGGCUCUUAAUGGGACUAACUAUGAUGACUGGAAAGAGUCUCUCAAUAUGUAUCUGACUAUUUCUGAGAAAGAUUUAGCUCUGAGAGAGCCCAAGCCUGCGGAUCUCUCUUCCGAGUCCAGUACUUCUGAAAUAGCCUUCCAUAAACAAUGGAGUGAGUCCAACCGGAUCUGUCCAGCGAUCAUCAAGUACACAAUUGAAAAGGGAAUUAGGGACAGCAUUCCUGAAAAUGAUACUGCAGUGGAGUACUUGAAAGCCAUUGGUAACAAAUACAAGAAGCUUGACAAGACUCAAAAGAACUACUAUCUGUCACUUCUUGACAAUACUCGAUACGACGGAGUUUCUGGUGUCAGGGAGCACAUUCUGAAGCUUGUUCAUUACUAUAACAAGCUUAAGUCAUAUGGGAUUGAUUUGGGUGAAAGUACCUUGGUUUACCGUGUUCUUCAAUCACUGCCAUCAGAGUACGCAUUCUUGAGGACUUCAUACAACUCACAAGAAGCUGAAUGGUCUGUUGACCAGAUGAUAUCGAUAGACACUCAAGAAGAGGAAGCUAUAAAGAAGAAUUCCUCUCACUCAAUAAACUAUGUCUCCCAUGGCUCUAGCAGCAAAUCUGGAGGGUCACAUAAGAAAAAGGGGAAGAAGUAUGAUGCCCCAAAGCCUAAUAAUCCAACCUUUAAGAAGGAUGGUGAUAAGAGUGAGAAGUCGAGGAAGAAACCCUUUAAAGGGUUAUGCAAUUAUUGCAAGAAACCGGGACACAUUAAAGCUAAUUGCUUCAAAUUGAAGAACAAACAAGAAAGUGAAGGGGCUAAGAAACCAGAAGGUUCCAAGUGAGGCACAGAGGUCAGUCUUUGGCAUAGCAGGGAGUAAGGCAUCGGUUGAAUGCAUUGGAACUAUUUCUUUGUAUUUAAAUUCUGGUCAUGUUUUACAUUUGAACAAUGUAGUUUAUGUACCUUCUGCG